GGAGGCUGGGCAUUCCAGGGGGCCUCGGGCCCGAGUGGCCUCCCUCACCAGCAGAGAUGCUCGGAGAUAAUCCCGGAUUAGGACCCAAGCCCCCGUGCCCAGGGCUCCCCGCCUGCCCACCCGCCCCCGAUCUUCCCCACAAAACCCUAGGAAAAUCCCCUGCAGUGCUCCCAGACUCUCACUGGGAGCGGCUGGGGGCUGGCGGGAGCCCAUAGCGCCCGCUGGGGCCCAGCCCCGGGCCGUCCCUGGAACUGCAGGCCUGGCAUGGUUCUGGGGCCCAUGGGAAACUGUGCCAAGCGGCCCCGACACCGGGGGCCUAAGGACAGCUGGCAGUGGCCUGGCUCCCCCACAGGGGACUCCCACCACAGCCUGGGCCCCAGCCUCAGCCCCAAGGAGCAUGGGGACCCCAGGCCAGGCAUCCAGGGCUACUCGGUGCUCAGCAGCCUGGUGGGGCCCGCCUGCAUCUUCCUGCGGCCCAGCAUCGCCGCCACCCAGCUCGUAUGACCGGGAGCUGCGGCCAGAGGAGAUUGAAGAGCUGCAGGCUGCCUUCCAGGAGUUUGACCGAGACCGUGACGGCUACAUCGGCUGCCGGGACCUGGGCGCCUGCAUGCGGACGCUGGGCUACAUGCCCACCGAGAUGGAGCUGAUCGAGAUUUCACAGCAAAUCAGUGGCGGGAAGGUGGACUUUGAAGACUUUGUGGAACUGAUGGGCCCCAAGCUACUGGCAGAGACGGCGGACAUGAUUGGCGUCAGGGAGCUGCGGGACGCCUUCCGAGAGUUUGACACCAAUGGAGACGGCUGCAUCAGCUUGGGCGAGCUCCGGGCAGCCCUCAAGGCCCUACUGGGGGAGCGCCUCAGCCAGCGGGAGGUGGACGAGAUCCUCCAGGACAUUGACCUCAACGGGGACGGCCUGGUCGACUUCGAAGAGUUUGUGCGAAUGAUGUCUCGCUGAGCCUGCACAGAAGCUGGAGGCAGCAGAAAGGAUUUGGGACCACAGCCACCACCCACCAGUGUGUUCCUGGAAGCCCAUAGCCUCCAGCUGGCACCCUCUGCCUCUCCUCUCCGCCCUCCGCCUGUGUGCAAUGCCUUUGCCUACCCUCACCCCCACCCCCAACCCCUCCACCAAGCCCCUUGCUCAUCUCCAUUUCUCUG